AUGCCUGAACCAGCGAAGUCCGCCCCGAAGAAGGGAUCCAAGAAGGCAGUCACGAAGGCCGCCGGUAAGGGAGGAAAGAAGCGCAGAAAGUCCAGGAAGGAGAGUUACGCUAUCUACGUGUACAAAGUCCUGAAGCAGGUCCAUCCUGACACCGGGAUCUCCUCCAAGGCGAUGGGCAUCAUGAACUCCUUCGUCAACGACAUCUUCGAGCGCAUCGCCGGUGAGUCGUCUCGUCUCGCUCACUACAACAAGCGCUCCACCAUCACAUCGAGAGAGAUCCAGACCGCCGUGCGUCUGCUGCUGCCCGGUGAACUGGCCAAACACGCCGUGUCUGAGGGCACAAAGGCCGUCACCAAGUACACCAGCUCCAAGUAAAGUGAAGCUCCAGCUGCACCCAAAGGCUCUUUUAAGAGCCACCCAUGUUGUCACUGAAAGAGAAUAUUUGUGUUUUCAUAACAUUUGUUUUUAUUUUUUAUACAGAUUAGGUUUCAGGCCGAAUUAAUGCUAUGACAAAAGUAUCAUUUUGCAUCAAUGGAGAAUGUUGCGGUUAACAAGCAAGAUUUAAUGUUGGGAAAUUGUAAAUGGGAUGGAACUUAUAUUUGAAAUGAUCUCACAGGUGCAGUAUGUGCAGGUAUUUAUGUUGUUCAAUAGAGGGCCGAAUGGAAAAAUGUGGCCAUCACAAAGCCCAGAACUCAAUCCCAUAGACAGUGGGCAGAACUGAAAAAGCGUGUGCGAGCAAGACAUUACAUGAAAAGCAGCAAAUACUUUAUGAGCAUGUGAGAUGGGAACAUGAGAUGGAAUUUUUGACAUCCGUAAGGGAGAAAUUCAUAUAUUAGAAUAUAUUAGAAACAAGUCACUACUGUAUGUCAGGAAAAACAUUUACAAAAGCAGACUAUUCCUUGUUCAGAUGCAGUGUACAAGAACAAUCAGGGAUGUCCCAAGCAUGGUGCGGGACCCAGUGAAAGUUAGUAUUGUCAAAAAUCAACCCACACUCCACACAAAAUGAUCCUGUCUUAUAGUGAUGGGCAUUCCGGCUCUUUUCAGUGAGCUGGCUCAUUUGGCUCAAAAAGAGACUGCACUUUUGGCUCCCAAAUGGCUCUUUAAAAAACAUUGAGGGUGCACAGUUUGCAUAUGCAGGUUUUGCGUAAAACUGGCUUUGUAUGAGAUUUUGCUUUGACAAAUUCUACACUGUGCUCUAACUUUGUCUACAUUAUUAAAAUGCAUCCAAUGUUGUAAAUGUCCUUGAAAGAGAUGCAAUAUUUGAGUGCUUGAGAGUGGUGCUGGCAUACACAAAAUACGGUGUCACAUAUUUCACCACACAAACACAAUGGUCAACACAAACCAUCCUCGGUGAG